AUGGCAGGGUCGAGGCUAGACCGCCUCAUACUCCUCCUCGACACCGGCUCGACACCCUCGGUCCGCCUCACAGCCGCCCGACAGCUUGGUGCGAUUGCUGGCACUCGAGUCGCCCAUCCGUCGACCAACUCACACGGCCAUGCGAGCGUCGGGACGGACGUCAAGCUCGAAGAGGGAAUGACGGGAGCGUCGAAGGAGGGCGUCUGGCACGGUGUUGAGGGAGAGUGGAACGAGGUUAUCGGUUUGGCUGCGAGGGUCCUCCCGUUUCUGCAAGCCAAAUCGAUGGAUACCCGACAAGCUGCCGCUGCUGCACUCGGCUUCAUUUCUCGCGCAGUCGGAAUCUGGGACCCUUCCUCGACAGCGCCUUCUUCCUCUUCCGCCGAUGUCGCCCCGCCUACGAGUGACACGCUUUCGUCGGCUAUGUCCUUGAGCGACUUCGACCUCGCUCGCGUCCUGACAGACGGGCAGCUUUUGCUCGGUUCGUCCGGGAAGGAGUAUGGCAAGCUCUCGCAGCUCACAGCCGACGAGCUCGCCAAAGCCCAAAAGGACGCUCUCAAGAACCUUGGACUCGGUUUCGGCGACGGAGCGGACGACAUUGGCGUAGACGUCGGUGCUGAGUUGGCGGCAGGCGCCGAGACCAAUCAUGCAGCGCCGUCUGCAUCCUCUGUUGCGUCGACUUCGGCGACAUUCGUUGAGCCGCCGCGCCCAGCAUUGCCUCCGCCGCGCUUCAAGGCAGGAGGAGCCGGUGCGCUUCCUCCGCCUCGAUUCAAGCCCGGCGGCGAUGGCACGCCUCUCGGUAAUCUCGCCGACACCAAAUCGCCUUCUCCCGCGUACACUCCUGGACCAGUACCGAUCCCUUCGCCCGCCCCUUCGACUCCUGCCCCCGCGCCUACGUCCGCUGCUCCUCCGCCUCCUCCAGCUGCCGCAGAACCCGAAGCCGAUCCGUACGUCGGCCUUUCCGCCCGCGAGCGCAACAAGCUCAAGAGGAAGCGCAAGGCGGAAGAGAAGGCCGGCAUCGCGCCGAGCGCUGCGCCCGUUCCCGCGGCGAAGAAGGCGAAGACGGCAGACCCGACACCUUCGCCCGCUCCUGUCGCUGGGCCGUCUGGGUCGCCCGCGAUAAAGCAAGAAGACGGCACGGAAGACUCGAAGGUCAUCAUCGACCCGGCUGCGAAGGCGAAGGAGCGCGAGCGACUCGGCGGGGAGAUCCAAGCGAAGGAAGCCGCAGACCGCGCCGAGAUGGAGGUCGAGGUGGGAGAAUGGCCUUGGCGAGGGGCGGUCGAGCGUCUCGCAGUCGGAUUGCUGGCGCCCAGCUGGGAGACCCGCCACGGAUCAGCUCUCGGGCUGAGGGAGAUCCUGAAGCUGCAAGGUGGCGGCGGCGGAAUGCUCGAGGGUUUGACGAGGAAGCAGAACGAGGAACGGCAUCGACGAUGGUGCGAAGACUUGGCUGCGAAGCUGCUCUGCGUCUUUGCCCUCGAUCGCUUCGGCGACUACGUCUCGGAUCAGGUGGUUGCGCCGGUUCGCGAGACGGCUGCUCAAACACUCGCCGUCCUCCUGCCAGCCAUGCCGGCCAGCUCGACCGCCGAAGUCCUGCGCAUUCUUGUCGACAUGGUUCAUCAGCGAGACGUGUCAAAGUACAUCUGGCAGGUCCGCCACUCGGGCUUGAUGGGUUUGAAGUACUUUGUCGCCGUCCGGGCUCAUCUUGUCGAUGGUGAGAUUCGAGGGAACGGGCAGCUCGUCAAGAUGGAGGAGGACGAGGACGUCAAGCCGCGGAUCGCGCCAAGCGGCUCAAUCCACGCCCUCAAGGCAAUUGUCGACGCCGCCCUCGUUGGCUUGCGCGACAAGGACGACGACGUCAGGUCUGCAGGCGCGGCGACGCUCGUCCCGCUGACAGACGCCCUUGUCGAAGCGCUUCCAAGCGAGCUGCAGACCCUCGUCGACCUCCUCUGGGCCUGCCUCGGCGAUUCGAAGGACGACCUCGCGACGUCUAUCGGAGGCGUCAUGGAUCUGCUCGCCAAGCUUCUCGCCUAUCCAGCCGUCCUCGAGCUCUUGCAGUCACCCUCUCUCGAAACCCCGCUUCCUCUGCUCAUUCCUCGACUGUUCCCGUUCUUCCGCCAUACCAUCACGUCCGUUCGCCUCGCCGUCCUCCACACGCUUCUCGUCUUCGUUCGGCUGCCCUCCGUCAACUCCUCCUGGAUCGAUGUCGGCCUCCUCCGCCUCGUCUACCAGAACCUCAUCUUCGAAGAGCGGCCUGACAUCCGGCGAGCAUCCGAGCAACUCUGGCUCGCCUGCCUCUACAGCUUCGGAGCCUCUUCCGCCGCGGUGCAGAUGCUCGUAGCGUACAGCAGCCCAGUCCUCUCGGCAUGGUUCGCCCUCCUCACCUCACCGAUCGGCACGCCCAUCAACCCCGCCCUGCUCUGGUCCGCAACAACAAGUCUGAGCGGUCACGGCGGCAUGGUCCACAAUGUCGACAAGCCCAUGCUCAAGCAGGAUCUCGCCCUCGUUUCCGUUGAGGCGAUCACACGAGGUCGCAUUGCGGGUGCCACGGCUCUCGGCGCGUUGUUGGCCAUCUGGCCCGUCGAAACGCACGACGACACGUUCGCCCCUUUCCUCGAGUCGGCGCUCGCCUCGACGUCAGCCUUCCAGCGUUUCCUCGCGGCGACCGUGAUUGAGGAAUGGGCGAGCCAGACGGUUUCCAGCGGACUCGUCAAGCCUGAGCGAUCUCUCGCGGAAACAUCGUCACUCGUCGCCCGUCUCGUCCCUCGCCUACACGAAGUCCUCGCCACGGACGCCCCGGCCACCUACGCCGAGAACGAGCGGAUCCUCACCCGCCUGCGCUCCGACUGCGCGACGUUCUACAGCGCCUUCGGCUCCUUGGGCAAGGUGCCGUCUGCCAAGCUGCCGUCAGUCCCCGACGUUUUCGGUCUUCAGCAGGCGCAGGUGGUUGCGAACAGCUUCAACGCUCUCGCAGCACUUGUGCCGUCAAAGUCGAGGAAGACGGCCAUUCCGCAGCUGGAGGAGAGGCUGAGGAAGCUGCAGAGCGGCAUUGCAUACUUCGAGGGCGUCAAGUCGAAGCACGACCGUCAAGUUUUCGCCGCCAUCGCUGGCGCCUGCAUCGCCCUCCAGGCUAUCCCAGCAAAGAUCACGCCUCUUCUUCGCAGCGUAACUACAAGCAUCAAGACGGAGGACAACGUCGACUUGCAGACGCGCUCGGCCCGGUCGGUCGCCGCCUUCAUCGACUACUGCUCGUCUCCAGCUUCCACGAUUCGUGUCAACCCGUCGCCGAAGCUCGUUGGCAACCUCUGCGCCUUCUUGUGCCAGGACGAGACGCGAACGCCCAUUUUCGCCUCCGCCAAGUCGAGCAGGGCAGGCAUCCUCACACUUCAGUACAGCCCGGCCCGCGGUACCGCCGAGAAGGCGUCGAAGGACGCACUCGCCGAGACGCCCGAACAAACGGCCGCGAAGCUCGUCUUCCGCGGCGCGCAGCUCGCACUGACAGAGCUUGCGUCCCGCUUUGGGUCUGAGCUGCUCGACAAGGUGCCGAAGCUAUGGAGCUGCAUGGCAGAUCCGUUGAUCGAGAUGUACGGCUCCGGCGAUGUCGUCAAGGGCGACGCGGUCUUGUCGGGCGACGACCGCAAGGCGCAAGAGCUCAUCGACUGCCUGACGGUCCUUCCCGUCGCGUCUGCAAAGCUCGAGCCGACUUUGCAUAAGCGGCUUGCCUCGCUCCUCCCUGCGCUCGCCAUCGCGACUCGCAGUCGCUUCGCCGUUGUGCGGUACGCCGUCGCCAAGUCGUUCGCGACGUUGUGCGACAUCGUCCCCGUGGAUGGCCUGCGUUUCGUCGUCGAGAGCGUUGUUCCGGUGCUCGCCGAUCCGCUCAACGUUAACCACCGGCGUGGCGCGAUUGAGCUCAUCUCCCACAUCGUCGACCUCCUCGACGUCAAGAUCCUCCCCUAUGUCAUCUUCCUCGUCGUGCCGGUCCUCGGCAGGAUGAGCGAUCCAGACGACGACGUCCGGCUUGUCGCUACGAACACCUUCGCCACGCUGGUCAAGCUUGUGCCGCUCGAGGCUGGCUUGCCCGAUCCUCCCGAGUUUUCCGACGAACUGCUGGCAAAGCGCGCAACGGAACGCGAGUUUCUCUUGCAGCUCCUCGACGGCAGCAAAGUCGCCGAGUACAAGAUUCCCGUCGACAUCGGCAUCGAGUUGCGCAAGUACCAGCGCGACGGAGUUAGCUGGCUCGCCUUCCUCGCCCGCUACCAGUUACACGGCCUCCUCUGUGACGACAUGGGCCUCGGCAAGACGCUGCAGUCGAUCACGAUUCUCGCAAGCAUGCAUCACGAGCGCGCGGAGCGGUACAAGGCGACCAGGGCUCCGGAUGCCGUCCACCUGCCUUCGCUCAUCGUCUGCCCGCCGACUCUCACCAGUCACUGGCAGCACGAGAUCAAGACGUACGCAAAGGCGCUUCGACCGGUGAUCUAUGCCGGACCUCGCGCAGAGCGCGAGCAGCUCGUCCGCAACUUCGCCAAAUACGACGCCGUCAUCAUGUCGUACGACGUGGCGCGCAACGACAUCGAGCUCCUCGCCCCGAUCGAUUGGCAUUACUGCAUCCUCGACGAGGGCCACAUCAUCAAGAACGGCAAGACGAAGCUGACGAAGGCAGUCAAGUCGCUCAAGGCGAUCCACCGUCUCAUCCUCUCCGGCACGCCGAUUCAGAACAACGUCCUCGAGCUGUGGAGCCUUUUCGACUUCCUGAUGCCCGGCUUCCUCGGCUCGGAGAAGGCUUUCAACGACCGCUUCGGCAAGCCCAUCGCGGCGAGCCGAGACGCCAAGAGCUCGUCGAAAGAGCAGGAAGCCGGCGCGCUCGCGCUCGAAGCUCUCCACAAGCAGGUUCUCCCGUUCAUCCUCCGCCGCCUCAAGGAGGACGUCCUCGACGACUUGCCGCCCAAGAUCAUUCAGGACUACCACGUCGAACUAUCGCCCCUGCAGAAGCAGCUCUACGACGACUUCUCGCAUUCUCAGGCGAAGCAGCUUGUUGACGGCGAGGUCAAGAGCUCGUCGACAGCGAAACCUCAGCACGUCUUCCAGGCGCUUCAGUACCUCCGCAAGCUCGUCAACCACCCUGCUCUCGUCUUCAAGCCGGAAUUGCCACAGCAUCAAGCAGCUCUCGCCAAGGUCGCUGGCGCGGACGCUUCGAUCCGCGAUCUCGCUCACGCACCCAAGAUUCGCGCUCUGCAACAAGUGCUUCUCGACUGCGGCAUUGGUGCUUCGAGCGCGUCGGACAGCGUCUCGGACGAGGCAGUCUCGCAACACCGCGCCCUCAUUUUCUGUCAACAGAAGAUGAUGCUCGACAUCGUCGAGAACGACCUCCUCCGCAAGCUCAUGCCCUCCGUCACGUACAUGCGGCUCGACGGUUCAACCGACGUCUCGAAGCGCCACGCCAUCUGUCAGACGUUCAACGCCGAUCCGUCCAUCGACUGCCUUCUCCUGACGACGCACGUCGGUGGUCUCGGGCUCAACUUGACGGGCGCCGACACCGUCAUCUUUGUGGAGCACGACUGGAACCCGAUGAAGGACUUGCAGGCGAUGGACCGCGCUCACCGCCUCGGCCAGAAGCGGGUCGUCAACGUCUACCGCUUAAUCAUGCGCGGCACGCUCGAGGAGAAGAUCAUGGGCUUGCAACGCUUCAAGCUCAACAUCGCAUCGACCGUCGUCUCGCAGCAGAACUCGGAUCUCGCCUCGCUCGGCACCGAUCAGAUCCUCGACCUCUUCCAGGUAUCCGAUACCGCACCAGCCGCCACCUCCGCCCCGUCAGGAGACAAGCCCAUGUCGCAAAAGGCCAUCCUCGAGUCGCUCGACGACCUGCCCACGGAGGGCGAGUAUGGCGACCUUGACCUCUCGGCCUUCACCGCUUCGCUCGCUUCAUGA